GAAGGUGGGCGGUGUCCUUGUGAUGUCAUCUAAUUCUCUCUCUCUAACGCGCAGACUUUCCAACACAGUCUCUGGAUAGUUAUAUCAAUUAGGGUUUGCUGUGAAUGAAUCAUUAGUCAGUGAAUUUUAAAGGAGAGAGAGAGAGAGAUGGGAAGGAUAUUCGUGGUGGAACUGGAGGGUAAGGCUUACAGAUGCAAGUUCUGCAAAACUCAUUUAGCCCUCUCGGGCGAACUUGUUUCCCGGGCUUUUCAUGGUCGUCAGGGAAAAGCAUAUCUCUUCAAUAGCGCGGUGAAUUUCACUGUUGGACCUCAAGAGCAGAGGAUGAUGCUUUCUGGAAUGCACACUGUAGCAGAUAUUUUCUGCUGCUGUUGCGGACAAAUUGUUGGUUGGAAAUAUGAAGCUGCACAUGAGAAGAGCCAGAAGUACAAAGAAGGCAAGUUUGUCCUUGAAAGAGAGAGGAUCAUCGAUGGACUCGACACCGAAUUCUAUAUCGACACCCACCCUACCAUGAGCGAUGCCGAAGAUCUCUAACUUUUCUCUCACUUUGUAUUAAUAGAAUGUAUUCCAUAUUUUGAUGUCGAGAAUGGAUGCAGUCCUUUCGAAGAUGUAAAAGCUGUUUUCUGGUUCUUCAAUUUCAGACUGCUAAAACUGCUAUGUUGAUUUUAUGAGCAGUUGAACCUGCUUUGAGAUUACCUUUGUUUUUUUUGUUUGUUUGAAUGCUUUGACAUUUUCUUCACGUUGUGAAGGAAAAUCCCA